AGUUUGUGCCUGAUGCAUCCACAGAAGGUUAAUUCACCACAUUCUAGCGAAAAUUCGAAUGUCAGCUUGGCCAGUAUUUCCUUUAGUAUUUCCGUUGUUUGUGAAAUUCGGAGAUUAUUGAAGGAGAAAUGUCCAGGCUGUGAAGUCGAUCAUCCGAGUCAGAGGAGACACGACUGUAUUAUGUUGUCAGACGAGGAGAGAUGGUUACUGCAUGGUUUGGGAGCAGUGGAGCGUGUGAUUGAGCGUGGAAUUGUGAAGAAACAGUUUUUUGAAGCUAUUCGAGUGAUGAAAUUGGAAUAUUACGGGCGUGCGAAAGAACAUGCGAACUUGAUAAAAGAUCGUGAAGUAACACUUGAUUUUUUUGGAAGAUUUGAGAGGAAAUUUUCCUGA